CAUCAACAUCAACAUGUAUCGCGUCGAACUCCUCCCCACCGGCAGCACCACACAUCUCACCCCUGGCUGGACCUACGUGCCUGACCGCGGCUUCGACCCGGCCAAAGCGGCCAUCACGCCCGCCAUCGGCCGCAAACGCGGGAUCCGCGAUCCUGGCCGAGCCGAUCUCUCCUCGCGACAGAACAAUGCCAUCGUGCGCCAUCUCGCGGAGCUGGAUCGCGAGAACCAUCAUGAUCUGCAGAUUCCCAUUCCCACGAAGGGGAAGGAUGCUGCGAGAGGAUCAAGAGGCAAAGUAACCUCCAACGUGCGCCGAAUUCUCCAAUCCCAAAAGACCUUCCGCAACUAUCUCGACGACGAAGAGGCCGCGCUGGCCCAACAAGCCUCCACCACCGUCCCGGGCACAUCAUCGGCCCAGCAAUCCGCCACAGCAUCCACAUCCACCCCAUCCCACCGAGCCUCCCUCUCCAAGAUCACCAAACCGGGUACCACCACCACCACCUCCUCCUUCUCCUCUCUCCAAACCCUCCACCGCACCCGCAACAGCAGCGCCAUCCUCCUCCCGCGCCUCGACAGUAACAACCCCCGCCGACGCCGACAUGUCCAUGGACACCACCACCACCACCACCUCCCCCAAAACCCCAACGAACUCAUCAAAACCCCACACGACAACGACCCCCUUCUCAAAUCCUACCUCCCCCCCGCGCCCUCCGACCGCAUCAUGCAAAUGCUCCUCGCGGAGCCCCCGCUCACAUACAACGCGUCGCGGGCCGGCGCGCCCAUGUCGCGUCGCUCCCCGCGGUACUUUUGUUGCAUGUGUGGGUAUUGGGGUAAGAUCCGGUGCAAGAAUUGUCAUCUCAGGACGUGUGGCUUGGAUUGUUAUAAGGUGCAUGAGGAUUCGAGGUGUGGAGCAUUUUUUUAA